GCAAGUCCUUCCUCAGCAACAGAAAAUGCGUCUUUAGCAACCUAACUGUUCUUUGUUAUUGUGUUAAGAUUGUUCUUUUAAAAUAUAUUUUCUGUCUACGAAUCAUGCCUUUGAUUGUGAAAGAUUAUUCGUGGACGCAGACGGAAUCAAUGGUUUAUAUAAGUGUGCCUUUGAAAGGAGUUAAGCGCGGAAAUGUAGACAUAUUCUCCACGGACGACUAUCUGAAGGUCAGUUUUCCUCCCUUUUUGUUUGAAGCAAUGCUUUUUGCACCGAUAGAUGAUGAUAGAAGCGUGGCAAAAAUUGGAAAUGGAGUUGUCAUCUGCACUUUACACAAACAGCAGGAAGGCCUGUGGGAAGAACUCACUAUCAAGAACGCUGAUAAAGACAAGCUGCAGGAGAUCAGAGAACGUGCUGUCCUCAAGGCUCAGAAAAAGGCAGCUGCUGACACCAAAACCAAAGCUGAAAAAAGACAAGAAGAUAGAAAAUACGCCCUUGAGACAAUGAUGAAGCUAGAAGAAGAGGAGAGAAAUAAGAUUGAAAACAUUAAGGAAUCUGAACGCCAGAGAGCUACAGUGGAGCUUGAAGCUUGGAAAGAGAAACAGAGGCAAGAGACAGAGUGGAGAGAGGCCCAGCAGGGCCUUGAAAGGCAAAAAAAGACAAGCCAAAAACCUGCUUCAGGAUCCUCAAGAGGCAGAGACACUAUUAAACUUGUAGGUCAGCAGAACAGUGCAGACAAGCAAAAACAGGUAGAUGUACGACCUCCACGAGCCACUGGUAGCAUCCAAAUCCACUUCACACCCCGUGUGUUUCCCACAGCUCUGCGGGAAUCACGUGUUGCUGAGGAAGAAGCGUGGCUGAAAAAGCAAGCUGAUGCCAGGAGAGCCAUGAAUGCUGAAGUGCCAGAACUGAAAGACCUUAAGGAGGAAGAAAGGAAUCCAGACUGGUUGAAGGAGAAGGGGAAUAAAUUGUUUGCCACCGGGAAUUAUCUUGCUGCUGUCAAUGCAUAUAACCUUGCAAUUUCUCUGAACAAUAAGAUUCCAGCUUUAUUUUUAAACCGUGCUGCCUGUCACCUCAAACUGAAAAAUCUGCACAAGGCCGUAGAAGACUCUUCUCAGGCACUUGAGCUCUUGACACCAGCUGUUGCUGACAAUGCAGAUGCUAGAGUGAAAGCUCAUGUGAGACGUGGCACGGCCUUCUGUGAACUUGAAUUAUACACUGAAGGGCUUCAGGAUUAUCAAGCUGCUCUGAAGAUUGACCCUCUCAACAGUGCUAUAAAUGCAGACGCAGAAAGGAUCCGACAGAUCAUUCAAGGAAGCGUGACUGACACCUGAAAAUUGCGAUGUGCAAUUUUUUCAACUGUCAUUCUAAAAAAUGUUAAUCUUUGUUAAGAUCCUGAGAAAAGUAAAUUGAGAUGUAAAA